AACAAUAUUGUUGAUUGUGUUUUUUUUUAUUAAAUGCAUUAAACAUGUUUUUAUUGUUUCUAAAUUUGAUUCUAUUGUUCAAUACGAUAUUUUGUUUUGUACCAGAUAGUAAUGAAAGUGAUUUUGACCCUAUAAUAUAUUAUUUACUAAAUGGCAAUGAAACAGAACUUUCGGGGUUUUAUAAUACAGAAAAUGAUUUGAACAUCGGUGGAGAACCGUUGUAUUCUGAUGGAAUAUGGAAAUGUGGAACAUGUGAUAAUAUCACUGAGAAACAACUAAUCUACAGUGAAACUAACGAAGUGGAUACGAAUAUUCUUGAUGAAGAUUUUCUACAAGUACAAGUUGGAUUUUCGUUCGACGAGAUGAGGUGUAUUACAAUAGAGUCAGAUGAUGAGUGCUCAGUGGCGCGUGCUUCAGGCGAUUGCGUGGGACCUACCGUCACUCUGAUAGUCGCUGACACUCAACGUUUCAUUGUCCGGGUCUUCGGGGAAUAACAUUAUUUGUAUUAUGAGAUUUUUAUUCCCUAAAUAUAAACGUAUCUUCUUUUGUUUAA